AUGUAUCUUCCACUCAGUUCGGUCACCAAUUCUAUUUGGAACAAGGUCAGGUCACCUCACAAGAGGUAUAAGACGUCUGUAAUGGACCAACAGGAAACGUCUGCUGAUUCAGAAAACGCUACAUUGGACGCGGGCUCGAGUGCUGGAAAAAACUCCAAGUUGUCUCGCAAGCAUUCUUCAUCCACUUCAUCUAUUAUAUCACGUUCUUCGAACAAUCUUUCCUCGAGACGCAGAUCGGAGUCUCCUUCUGUGGUUUACCGCUCACAAGCCAAAAAAGCUACCGGUACUACUAUCUCAUCUUCGAACGCUUUAGCAGGAAGAUCAAACUCUUUUAACACAAGUCCAACUUUCACAUCUCCCCCAAGCAUCAUAGUUGGGCUGGGCAUGACUUCACCUGUGAAUUCAUCGAGUUCUUCACUUUUUGACUACCAUGGUGCUGGUGCUGAGGAGCCUCCUCAGGAAACUGCCCACAACAUCAUUCGUAUUGCUUCGCCGACUGUGGAUUCUGCAAUGAUGUCCCAGGAUUACACAAUUGAUGUCCCACUCAGAAUGAUCGAUACCAACCUGUCAUCGUUCAACUAUUUCCCAGAAACUCUGGGCAACGAUAAUGAAAACUCAGAUGUCUGGAGCUAUAAUCCGGAGGAAGGUCAUACUUACAUUACCAACGAAACCAAGAAAAUGGUUCGUUUCACCUAA